AUGAGACUUGCUCGAGAAGGAUUUGCUUUUCGUAGACAGCGGGGCGCAACCCUAGAACUCCUCACCGUCUCGCAGGAAAGGGUUAAGUUGAAUGGCACGGAGACGAUUUUGCGCUUGGACCAAGCCAGGGUAACCCCAGAGUUGGAGUGCCCGUCCCCGCGUGCAGACAUGAAAUCUGCGGCAAGAGAACGUCAGGAGCUCUUGGAAUUAGAAGCAUCCGUCAAAAUUCGCCACUGCACAGAGGCCGAGGAAAACAGCAGCCCCCGUGCGGUAUUUCCCGCCCAUUCGAUGCCACUUCACAUAUCGGUACCUCUUCUUUUCACGUGCAAGUUACAAGAAAAUAACAGUGGUGCUCGUUCUCGACGGGUGGUUGAGGUCGUCUCGAUCACGUAA